UCCACCCAUGUGCCAGUUCCUUUCGCACGUGCAUGCUUUAAACUCGGAAGUUAAAAAGGGGUCGACUAUCGAAGCAAAGCGUGCAAAGGGCGAGUGUCUUAGAAACCAGGCUGUCAUCAUUCUCCAUAACGGGAAUCCCUCCACCCCGCGAUCGAGGAGAGCAGCAGACAGCUCGGCGGCCUUUUGCUCCUUUUAUACCGCAGCAGCAGCAACAGGCGCUUUCCCGCCGCGUCGCUUCUGCAACCGCCGCCGCCCUCGGUCUCUCUCUUAGCGGUCCCUCCGCAGGAAGGCGACUUGGUUCCCCUCGGCCCCAGGCUUCAGCAAGCAACACACAACAAAAUGAGUCAUCUUGCUAUUAAAAGAAUAGCAAAUGAUAUUAUCAAAUCACCUGAAGAUAAACGAGAGUAUCGUGGGCUAGAACUGGCAAAUGGCAUCAAGGCAAUGCUUAUCAGUGACCCCACUACAGACAAGUCUUCAGCUGCACUUGAUGUACACAUAGGGUCAUUAUCGGAUCCCCCUAACAUUGCUGGGUUAAGCCAUUUUUGUGAACAUAUGCUUUUUUUGGGAACUGAGAAAUACCCAAAAGAAAAUGAGUACAGCCAAUUUCUCAGUGAACACGCAGGAAGUUCAAAUGCUUUUACCAGUGGAGAACACACCAACUUUUAUUUUGAUGUAUCACAUGAACACUUGGAAGGUGCCCUGGACAGGUUUGCCCAGUUUUUCUUGUGCCCUCUGUUUGAUGAAAGCUGCAAAGACAGAGAAGUGAAUGCUGUUGAUUCUGAGCAUGAGAAGAAUUUAAUGAAUGAUGCUUGGAGACUAUUUCAGCUGGAAAAGGCUACUGGAAAUCCCAAUCACCCCUUCAGUAAAUUUGGAACAGGAAGCAAAUUUACUUUGGAAACUAGACCAAACCAAGAAGGAAUAGAUGUAAGGCAAGAGCUAUUGAAGUUUCACUCCACCUAUUAUUCAUCAAAUUUAAUGGCUGUUUGUGUUCUAGGACGAGAAUCUUUAGAUGAGCUAACAAGUUUGGUAGUGAAGCUAUUCUCUGAAGUAGAGAACAAAAACGUUCCAUUACCAGAAUUCCCUGAACAUCCUUUCCAGGAAGAACACCUCAGGCAACUUUACCAAGUGGUACCUAUCAAAGACAUUAGAAAUCUUUACGUCACGUUUCCAAUACCAGAUCUUCAGAAGUACUAUAAAUCAAACCCUGGCCAUUAUCUUGGCCAUCUUAUUGGUCAUGAAGGUCCAGGAAGUCUUCUAUCAGAACUCAAAGCUAAAGGCUGGGUAAAUACCCUGGUUGGAGGACAAAAAGAAGGUGCUAGAGGUUUCAUGUUUUUCAUCAUAAAUGUUGACCUCACAGAAGAAGGACUUUUACACGUGGAGGAUAUUAUCUUGCACAUGUUUCAGUAUAUACAAAAACUACGUACAGAAGGACCUCAAGAGUGGGUUUUCCAAGAAUGUAAGGAUUUAAAUGCUGUAGCCUUCAGGUUUAAAGAUAAGGAAAGACCCCGGGGUUAUACAUCAAAAGUUGCAGGGAUUCUUCACUACUAUCCUAUAGAAGAAGUUCUUGCUGCAGAAUAUUUACUUGAAGAAUUUAGGCCUGAUUUAAUAGAAAUGGUAUUGGAUAAAUUAAGACCUGAAAAUGUCCGGGUUGCAAUAGUUUCUAAGUCUUUUGAAGGAAAAACUGAUAGAACAGAAAAAUGGUAUGGAACCCAGUACAAGCAAGAGGCAAUUUCUGAUGAAGUCAUUAAGAAAUGGCAAAAUGCUGACCUCAAUGGGAAAUUCAAGCUGCCAAUGAAGAAUGAAUUUAUCCCUACUAACUUUGAAAUUGUACCUUUAGAGAAGGAUGCACCACAGUACCCUACUCUUAUCAAGGACACUGCUAUGUGCAAGCUAUGGUUCAAGCAAGAUGACAAAUUUUUCCUACCCAAAGCUUGUCUCAACUUUGAAUUUUUCAGCCCAUUUGCUUACGUGGAUCCCUUGCAUUGUAACAUGGCCUAUUUGUACCUUGAGCUACUCAAAGACUCCCUCAACGAGUAUGCAUAUGCAGCAGAGCUAGCUGGCUUGAACUAUGAUCUCCAAAAUACCAUCUAUGGGAUGUAUCUUUCCGUAAAAGGUUACAAUGACAAGCAGCAUAUCCUGCUCAAGAAGAUUGUUGAGAAAAUGGCUACCUUUGAGAUUGAUGAAAAAAGAUUUGAAAUUAUCAAGGAGGCGUACAUGCGAUCGCUUAAUAACUUCCGAGCUGAACAACCACACCAGCAUGCCAUGUAUUACCUCCGACUACUGAUGACAGAAGUUGCCUGGACCAAAGAUGAAUUAAAAGAAGCUUUAGACGAUGUCACCCUUCCCCGUCUCAAGGCCUUUAUUUCUCAGCUGUUGUCACGGUUACACAUUGAAGCACUUCUCCAUGGCAAUAUAACAAAACAGGCUGCAUUAGGAAUUAUGCAAAUGAUUGAAGACACUCUCAUUGAGCAUGCUCAUACAAAACCUCUGCUUCCGAGCCAGCUUGUAAGGUAUAGAGAAGUACAGCUGCCUGACAGAGGUUGGUUCGUCUAUCAACAGAGGAACGAGGUUCAUAACAAUUGUGGCAUUGAAAUAUAUUAUCAAACAGAUAUGCAAAGCACCUCAGAGAAUAUGUUUUUGGAGCUCUUCUGUCAAAUCAUCUCAGAGCCUUGCUUCAAUACUCUGCGCACUAAAGAACAGUUAGGUUACAUUGUGUUCAGUGGUCCACGACGGGCAAAUGGUAUCCAAGGACUACGAUUUAUCAUCCAGUCAGAAAAACCUCCACACUACUUGGAGAGCAGGGUUGAAGCUUUUUUAAAAAUCAUGGAGAAGAGUAUAGAGGACAUGUCUGAUGAAGCCUUCCAGAAGCACAUCCAGGCUUUAGCAAUUCGUCGCCUUGACAAACCAAAGAAACUGUCUGCUGAGUGUGCAAAAUACUGGGGUGAAAUUAUUUCCCAGCAAUAUAACUUUGACAGAGAUAACAUUGAAGUGGCAUAUCUCAAAACUCUUACUAAGGAUGAUAUUAUGCACUUUUAUAAGGAGAUGUUGUCAGUUGAUGCUCAAAGAAGGCACAAAGUAUCCGUGCAUGUACUAGCACGGGAAAUGGAUUCCUGCCCUGUUGUGGGAGAAUUUCCAUCUCAAAAUGAUGUAAACCUGGCACCAGCUCCACCACUGCCACAGCCAGACGUGAUUCAGAAUAUGACAGAGUUCAAACGCAGCCUGCCACUCUUUCCUCUGGUGAAACCACAUAUCAAUUUCAUGGCUGCAAAACUGUGAAGAACCUUUGCUGGGUGAAGAACUGGAAGUGGAAGAGUCUUGUAUGACUUCAGUGGAUUUUCAUAAUGAACCAACAUCUUAAGCUGUUGUUAGGACAAACAAUCCUGUCCAUUAUGAGGGUUCCUGAUUCCUUCUAGGUUCAUUCGGCAUUUCUGGUGUGAUAGGGUUACAGCAAAUUAGGCAAAUAGGCUGUAGUCAUGCGUCAUGUUUAUUGUAGAGCCACUCUUGGAAACCAAAAUCAAGUGGUAUAUUCAAAGGUCUGUGUAGGUAUGGUAUAUUUUACAAUAGUGAGGCCCUUUUAAAGGUUUUGUUUGCAUAAUGGAAUAUGAAGAAGCUUACUGAACAAACUGGUGUUAUUUUAAAGGCCCUUCCUUUUCUUAUGAAAAGUCAUUAAGAUUAAGCAAUUUAUUGGAUGUGGAGGAACGAAACAUUAUUAAAAUGCACAUACUGAUAUUU